CGCACUAGAGUGCGAGCAUGGAGAGGGUGUGAACGCUGUGCUAGUCGGAAAUCGGGUCCAGUGACCAUGUCGCCGGGAUACUCAUCCUCCGGGAGACUAACCGGAGAGCUCUUUCCCAUCUGCUGCCGGAGCCCAGAUCGGCGGGUUCAGCAUGGAAAGCAAUCUGACCCAGCUGGAAGAAGAAGUGCUUGAGGCUUCGCUGGCAUCAGCGUAAGCCCUGCGGACGAGCUUGGAACUGGGGGAAAGCUUAACUAGAAAAGGUCACACCAGAGCAGAAAUCGCAGGGCUGGGACCCCUGGAAGUGGCUAGAAACUUCAACUUCACCGGAGCCCGCAACUGCAACCCCAUGGAAAAUUAAGAGUAGGCAGCCCCAAAAACAGAGAAGGAGAGAUCCAAAAACAGAGGAGCAAUCAAUUUCAGACCUUUUUCCUCUUUUCCUUACCUUACACAGGUAAAUUGCAGCAGCAAGGAAACACAAAUUCCACCAAACUUGACCUAAAGCAUGGCUGCAGAUUGGAGUCUUCUUCCAAGGGAACUCCUCAUUGCCAUAACCCGUCGCCUGCAUUUCUUGGAUGACGCCAUCGCAUUUGGGGCAGUCUGCAGGUCAUGGCAUUUAGCUAUGGCCUUAGGGGGCAAGCCUUCACUCCCUCCCAAAUGCCCUUUGCUUCUUUCCUUGGAGGAGUAUAAGACCGUCAGCAUCUUCGCAUUUCCGUUCAACUCCAAAGUUCGCAUAGUUAAGUCAUUACCCGAGACGACCUCGCGCCUCCUCCGCUGCGUCGCCGGAGCGGGAUUCGGGGCGUUAGUGAUCGUCGCAGGCGACUCGAAGGCCAGCCUCUGGCACCCCUUUUCGAAGUCUCAAAUCCAUCUUCCCCCAAAUCCAAUAUCCAGUGAGUUGUGCAGCGGACCCAAGCAGCCUCCUUUCGGUGGCAUAUUGAACUUUGGUUUCAAAGUGGGUGAGCCUGGAGAAGUCAGCGAUGCGCUGAUAAGGAAGGCCGUUCUCUCAUCCAAUCCUUGGAAAUCUCAUGAAGCUGCUGAUCGUAAUGGUAACAGUUGUGUCAUUAUGGCCAUUUUCUCAGAAGCUCUGGUGUUGGCAUUUGCUAGGGUGGGCGACAAAGCUUGGACUAAAGUACAGCUUCCUUCAUGCUACUAUCAGGACAUCAUCUGCUACAAGAGCCGGUUUUACGCGGUCGAUCGCAAUGGCUUCCUGUUUUCUUGCAGCGUUGAUGAUGACAGGGCUGAUGAAAUCCCGGUUGGACAGCGAGUCGUCGCACAUGCGCCGAUCGGUACGAGCAAAUUUUAUGACAAAUAUCUAGUUGAAUCGCUAGGAGACCUUUUUCUCAUCCUACGCAUUCGUCAUUUUUCGGACCACUCUAAAAAGUUUAGGGUUUUGAAGUUAGAAGAGCGCGUUCAAGAGGAAUCACAUGAAUGUAGGUACACUUGGGCCGAAGUGAACGAGUUGGGUGAUAGGGCAUUGUUUGUGUGAAGUUCUUCGGCGUGGAUGGUCACCUCGGAGAUCAAGGGAUGUUACAAAGCCAAUUGCAUCUAUUUUACAGAUGAAGUUGGAAGAGGGGUGGGAGAUAGAGCUAGUUGCAUCUUUUUUGGUGAUGAAGCACUCGACAGGGAGGAAGGUCAAGAGAUGGGUGUGUACAACAUAGGUGAUGGAACCAUUGAAUCCUUUAGGGUUAAUCCGUCACUAAUUUCCCGUGUUCCGUUUUGGUAUAUGUAAUUUGCAUAUUUCAAAUGUCUUUCAUUUAUGUGUUUGAAUAUCUUUUUGUCAUUUGCAGUGUUUUCUCUGUCACUCUUACAAUUCCCAAUAGAUGUGCAGUUUUUUUU